CCCGCACCCGCGUGGGGCGUCGGGCGAGAUGGCGGCGCGCAGCUUGGGCAGCGGUGUGGGGAGAUUGCUGCGUGGCCUGCACGGGCGCUCCGGACAAUCGGGGUGGUUGCUGAACUUGUCCCGAUCGACCGCCACCCGGCUCCUAGGCAGCGUUCCCCCGGCAGCGCAGCCAGGCUCGUACCCUGCAUUGAGCGCUCAGGCGGCCCAGGAGCCAGCCGCUUUCUGGGGGCCUCUGGCCCGUGACACACUAGUUUGGGACACCCCCUACCACACUGUCUGGGACUGCGACUUUAGGACGGGCAAGAUCGGCUGGUUCCUGGGAGGCCAGUUGAAUGUAUCUGUCAACUGCCUGGAUCAGCACGUGCGGAAGUCCCCUGAGACCGUAGCUUUGAUUUGGGAGCGAGAUGAGCCUGGGACUGAAGUGAGGAUCACUUACAGGGAGCUUCUGGAGACCACAUGCCGCCUGGCCAACACGCUGAAGAGGCAUGGAGUGCACCGAGGGGACCGUGUGGCCAUAUACAUGCCUGUGUCCCCACUGGCCGUGGCGGCAAUGCUGGCCUGUGCCAGGAUUGGGGCUGUCCACACAGUGGUAUUCGCUGGCUUUAGUGCAGACUCCUUGGCUGGGAGGAUCAAUGAUGCCAAGUGCAAGGUCGUGAUCACCUUCAACCAAGGACUCCGGGGAGGGCGUGUGGUGGAGCUGAAGAAAAUAGUGGAUGAAGCUGUGAAGAACUGCCCGACGGUGCAGCACGUCCUGGUGGCUCACAGGACAGAUGCCAAGGUUCACAUGGGAAAGCUGGACAUCCCUCUUGAGCAGGAGAUGGCCAGCGAGGCCCCUGUGUGUGCUCCUGAAAGCAUGAGCAGCGAAGACAUGCUCUUCAUGCUCUACACCUCUGGGAGCACCGGGUCACCCAAGGGACUCGUUCAUACGCAGGCGGGCUAUCUACUGUAUGCUGCCACGACGCACAAGCUCGUGUUUGACUACCAGCCAGGUGAUGUCUUUGGCUGUGUGGCGGACAUCGGUUGGAUCACAGGACAUAGCUAUGUGGUGUAUGGACCCCUCUGCAAUGGAGCUACCACGGUCCUUUUUGAGAGCACCCCGGUUUACCCUGAUGCUGGUCGCUACUGGGAGACAGUGCAGAGGCUGAAGAUCAACCAGUUCUAUGGUGCCCCAACAGCUGUCCGGCUGCUACUGAAGUACGGGGAUGCCUGGGUAAAAAAGUAUGACCGCUCUUCCCUGCGCACACUGGGGUCAGUGGGAGAGCCAAUCAACCACGAGGCCUGGGAGUGGCUCCACAAGGUGGUGGGUGAUGGCAGAUGUACGCUGGUGGACACUUGGUGGCAGACUGAAACUGGCGGCAUCUGCAUCGCACCACGGCCCUCGGAAGAUGGGGCAGAGAUCCUCCCGGGUAUGGCCAUGAGGCCCUUUUUCGGCAUCGUCCCAGCACUCAUGGAUGAGAAGGGCAAUGUUGUGGAGGGUGGCGAUGUCUCUGGGGCCCUGUGCAUUUCUCAAGCUUGGCCAGGCAUGGCAAGGACCAUCUAUGGUGACCACCAGAGAUUCAUAGACGCCUACUUCAGAGCAUAUCCAGGCUAUUACUUCACUGGAGAUGGAGCUCACCGGACUGAGGGUGGCUAUUACCAGAUCACAGGGCGCAUGGAUGAUGUCAUCAACAUCAGUGGUCACCGCCUGGGGACUGCCGAGAUUGAGGAUGCAAUGGCUGACCACCCUGCUGUUCCAGAAACUGCUGUCAUUGGGUACCCACAUGACAUCAAGGGAGAAGCUGCGUUUGCCUUCAUCGUGCUGAAAGACGACACCAGGGACACCAGCGUGGUAGUCAACGAACUUAAGCUGGCAGUGGCCAACAAGAUCGCCAAGUAUGCCGUGCCUGACCAGAUCCUGGUGGUGAAGCGUCUCCCCAAAACCAGAUCUGGGAAGGUGAUGAGGAGGCUGCUAAGGAAGAUCAUCACCAGCAAGGGGCAGGAUCUAGGGGACACCACCACCCUGGAGGACCCCAGUGUCAUCUCAGAAAUCCUGAGCGCCUUCCAGAAGUAUGAAGACCAGCGGGCUGCCACCAAGUGAGGUGUGCCUGUGUCUCUGCUCAGACCCCUGGCAGUCCUCAGGGAAAGGACCUUUGAAGGUGUCUUGUUCCAUCUGAGCACAUGACCUCUCUAUGAUCCCUCUGCUGCCCUAUGUGGGGCCAAAGCCCCUGUUUUCCUUUUGGGGCCCAUUGGGCUGAUUCUGUAGGGGAGGCCUUUGUCCUACAUCUGGUUUCCAGAGUGAAGUCACAACGGGCAGUGAGCCAGCACAGGGCGGCCAGAGGACUGUUCACCGCUUAGCUCCAAAGCUGUUAUGCUUUCUCCAGAUGUGUCGAGAUAUAAAAUGCAGAUGUUUUAUUUUUUGUACUUUUCUAUUUGGGGAGAAUAACAGAACACUCGAGUGUAAUGUGAACAUUAACAUUUAGUCUCUCUCUCUCUCUCUCUCUCUCUCUCUCUCUUUCACGUACACACACAGAGGAAUUGGGAAAAUUCUCCCUUCUUGUCUCCCCAGGGAAACAUGAAGAUAACAGAGUGUGCUUUUUAUUAGAAUUUGGUGUGCUUGAAGCCCAAAUCGGAGAUGUUUGUGCCUCUGUCUCACACACAGUUGCUAGUCCUAGUUGUCACAUCCACUUCCUGUGCCUGUUUCAUAUUCGGUUCAUUUGGUUUAUGUCAUAGAACAAACACGACAGUUCCUCUGUUUUGCAUGUUAGGGUUUGCACUCAGGGCCUCCUGCACACUAGGCAAGCACUCUACCUCUGAGCCACACACCAGCUCCUCUCACUCCCCAGAGACAGGGCGAAUGUCCUCCCUUUCACUUGUGAAACCAUUUGGGUUUGUUUCUCUAAGCUGUGAUCUGGAAGGAGCUUCUUUCCCCAAGGUGCUUCUUAGUAGGAGAUCGCUAUCGCUUCAAAUAUGUGAGGUUGUUCGUGGAGUCAGCUAAAACUCAGGUGUCUUGUUAAGGUUCUGGCUCCUGAAGACUCUGCCUGUUCUUCUUUUAUGGUUGAGGCAGCAAGAACCACUGUGGUCCAAUGACGACACUUGAUGCUCCCUAGCAAGUCCUCUCUCAAUGUGCCUUACGUCCUCUGGACGUUGGUGGGUGAUACAAAUUGUGAAGUCAUGGAAAGCUUAUUCUGUAGCUAGGUGUGGCUAAGCUUGGGAGGCCUGAGGGUGUGACAGCUCUGUGAGCAGGGUCCCCGGGGGCGGAGGAAGACUAUUCUAUCUGGUCCAUAGCACUUAGCUCUGUGGGUAUUUCAGGGGUAUUUUAGUUACUGCAUACCUACUGUGAGUUUAACCUGUGCUGACUUCUUGGGUAAUGGGGUAAAUACGCUGACACUUCCGGGAGGUGGAGCGGUUGUAGUAUGCAUAAAUAUUGAAUAAAUAGACCUCUGUUACAAUCAGCAAUAAAAAAUGCCUUGUGAUGGACUUGGUUGACUGUAGUUACUAUACCCUUUAGGAAAUGGCCUAGGUUUCCAGGUUGCUGAUACAAGCUGUCAGAAUGAUCUACAGAAAUACUCAAAUAAAGCUUUAUUUUAUUCAC